AUGGCUCUUGAACACAAAUUUGUGGAGCUUCUUCAAGAACCAAAUCAAACAAACCAAAACUCACACCCAAAGAUCCAAAAGGUUGCUGAGUAUCUCCGAAAUAGAAAAAAUUUUGAGAAGCAAUACUCACCCAAGAUGGUGUCAAUAGGUCCCAUCCAUCAUGGCAAAGAAAAUCUCAAGUUAGGAGAGAAAUAUAAGCUUACUUGGGCAGCAAGAUACAUCAAAAGCACCCAAUGCAGUGCACAACUUCUACACAAAAGGAUUGCUGAUAACAUCGUUGAACUCAAGAGUCUUUUUGCGGACGAUGUUUUAGCUUUAGCCGAUACCGCAGAUUCUCUAAAAUGCUUCAGCAGCCUUGCUGAAAAGCUGUCAUGGCUUUUGUUUGUGGAUGGAUGUUCUUUGCUGCAUAUUUUGGUGAAUGUGAAUCUUGACCAACUUGAUGAACCAAAAGAUGUAGAUAUUAAGGUUGAUCAGCUUGUUCUUGUGAUGAUGGAUGUGCUUUUGUUGGAGAAUCAGCUUCCUUAUCUGGUACUGAAGCUGUUGUGGAAAAAUGACGAGGAUGAAUUGUUAUUUACUAUGAAGAAUUUUCUCAAAUGUCAUCAUUGGGCCACACCAGAAACUAAGAGGACCAUGAUCUGGGCAAGUAUUAUAGCGAAUAAGAGAACACAUUUUUUCUCUAACAUGGCUCACAGCAAAAAGGAAAAAGAAAAACAUCAUACAGUGAACAUAACGAAUGAGUCACCGAUUCAUCUUCUUGAUCUUCAGCGUAAAAUCAUCCUCACUAAAUCGAAACCCAAGACUGAAGCCAGUAAUGAAGCUAACAAGAAGAAACCAAGUGAAAAAAAUUCAGACGAAAAAACCAAGAUGAUGACAUACAGGAACAUACAAGAUCUAAGAGCAGUUGGAAUAAAACUUAAAUCAAGCGAGACGCGAAGGCCAACAGACGUAGAUUUCGUGGAGGGUUGGUUCGCUGCAGAACUGACUCUUCCUGAGAUUGUGGUGGACGAUACGACAGCUGCUACUUUCCUGAACCUGAUAGCGUACGAGAUGUGUCCAGAUUUUAAGAACGACUACGGGAUAUGUUCAUUUGCGGUUUUCAUGGAUUCAUUGAUUGACCAUCCCGAAGAUGUGAAGGAAUUGAGAUCAGAAGGUAUUUUGCUGAAUUCACUUGGGAGUGAUGAGGAAGUUGCUGAUCUUUUCAACAUUAUAAGUACUGACUUGGUACCUAACUGGGAAACAUAUUUUGAAGUUAGAGCGAAAAUACACGAGCAUUACUGUAAUAAAUGGAAGACUUGGAUAGCCCUUGGUUAUCACACUUAUUUCAGCAAUCCUUGGGCUAUCACUGGUUUCGUUGCUGCGUUUAUCGCACUUGUUCUCACUUUCGUUCAAACAUGGUUUUCCAUUUACCCGCACUCAUAA